UCUGUUCCACACCACACACAACAAAUAGCCAUCACAGCAACCAUGGCCCCUAAGCGCAAGCUCCGAUCGUCGACUGAGGAGGAUGGUGGAGGAGGGAGCAGUGCAGUUGUAGCAAUGGGUAAUGGGUCAGCCGGGGGGAAGGCGGGAGGAGCCCGGCAUGCUGCCAAGAAGAGCAAGGCGAAGAAGAACGUUCCUCCGCUGCCUGCCCGUGUGGACAUCGCCUUCCUGCCGAACGGCUUCAGGCCGGACUUGGCGAAGCUGGCGGCAAGAUCGCCAGGGACCAGCACGGGGAGGCCGCUUCGGCUGUACGCCGACGGCAUCUUCGACCUUUUCCACUACGGCCACGCCAAGGCGCUCGAGCAGGCGAAACGGUCGUUUCCGAACUCGUACUUGCUGGUGGGGUGCUGCAACGAUAAGCUCACGCAUGAGCUCAAGGGGCGGACGGUGCUGAAGGACACAGAGAGGUACGAGUCGCUGAAGCACUGCAAGUGGGUCGACGAGGUAGUGGAGGAUGCCCCGUGGGUAGUGGACGAGGACUUCAUCGCUGUCCACCAGAUCGACUUUGUGUGUCACGACGCACUCCCGUACGGCGACGCCUCCGGGCAGAGCUCGUCUGGCGACGUGUACGCGCACCUAAAGAGGCAGGGGCGCUUCGUGGAGACGCAGCGCACGGAGGGAAUUUCCACCAGUGACAUCAUCACAAGCAUCAUCCAAGACUACGACGUUUUCGUGCGGAGAAACAUGGAGCGUGGCUACAACGCGAGGGACAUGAACGUGCCUUUCCUCAAGGAACAGGCCAUCAAGUUCGACAUCGUCAAGGACAAAGUAACGCGUCGAGUGGGAAAGGUCAUAAAGGAUCGCCAGAACAAGAAAACCAAGCAACAGGCUGGUGGGGCUCUUAUCACCAAGGGUACGAAGGGACGGGGUGGCGGCGGCGGUGGUGUUGACCCGAACGGCAACAAGGAGCGGCACAACCUGGUGCUGGAUCUAGGGAACCACGCCCAGGAGACCAUCACGGACAUGCAGAGGAAUUUCGUCCAGAUCUUCGACCGGGAUGGGGCUAUCCGCACGAGCUUCCGCGAGCAAAGAAGGCAGAUCCGCGAACGCGUCAACGUGCUCGCGCGGACCAGCUUCUGUUAGGGAGGAGAUCCAAGCCUGCCGCCUUGGGGGUGGGGGUGGGUGACCGGCGUCAAGGGCGCCGGCUCAACCGGCUGGGGCGCAGAAUUUUCGUUCUUGCGCGAAGGUCGAAGAAGGAGCGCGGGGGGUAUCAUAUCAACCUCAGGAAGAAGUCAGUGAAUGGGACUUGGAUGAGAUGAAGCAGGCUGUGAUAGUCUGUUGCACAUGAUAGGUGUCUUGAUGCGCCAGCGAAGGCACCGAGGGCUUCGAAAUUUUUGUGCGUGGACGGCGUCGCGGGAACGGACAUGUCUUUGUGGCGGACGAGGCAGCAUUUGCUGUCGCCCUGAUGUGCCGGCCCAUUUUCGCCGAAACACCACCGCUCGCGGAUCCCUCCUGGACGCAUUGGAUGCUUGCGAUGUUCGCAGGAGAGCAGGUGUGGUGAGCACACAACAAUGAUGGAAUCUGGCGGCGUGGGAAUAUAUUACUGGUGGACAACUUCUUCGGUGUCCAGCACGUAAAAGUACUGAAGCCGAUGUCUUGCCUUCUUGACCCUCAACGUUCCUCGCGUUGGAACAAAGACGUCUUUUGUGUUGCUCCGUAGGAGACAGAUACGAGAUUGGACAAAGAGAAAAGAGUCUAGGUAACUUGGAUAAAUGAAUGCAUUCGUCCGGUACAGGAUGUAAUGUGCACAACCGCGGGGUUGUCGGGGCAGUUCGUAACCGCCGAAACUACACAGAUGUCAGCUUGGCUGGUUUUAGCGUGGUACAUCAGUACACACCGUAAGAACGCGGGCACGAAGAUGUGUGCUACGCGUACCACAUCAUGCGUUUCGUGAAAUGUUUCGUGUGUGAAUGUGCAGGAUUUCUUUUUCAGCGUGGUUGUCCGAGGGGGGCGGUUGCGGUGGAAGACCUCGUGCAUGUGCGUGUUGAUGUUUUGCGGGCGCUGGAGCUGCCCCGACCAAACAUCUGGCCGGGACGGAGAUGCAGAGGGAACAAUUGGGGUACGUGCCUUCAUGCACCUACAUAUCCAACCAGAAAGCUGUCCCGUCCCCAGGUGGUCGAUUUUGAACUUUUUUUGUGCUUCUGCUCCCUUUUUUGCCAAUGUGAAGCUUUUUGCUUGCCAGGAAAGGAAAACCUGGUGGGUGUUUUGUACGAUUUCCCGAAGCCCUCGGCGGCCUACUAGAGGCAGGUGAACUCGAGUAUAUGUAUACCUUUGCGGCAGUGAGUAAUUUCGCCCUGCUGCCGCGAAUAGAAUAAUGGUAGAUUGAGGAAAAGGAGUUGCUCCUUGUUUUCGACGAGCAAUCUUCGGGUAUAUACAAUGUCUGCUAGAGAAAAUUUAGAUGCUCUAAUUGAACGCCUCUAGGUUCAUGGCGCCCCGACUAGCUUAGCUCUCUCUGUGCGCUGACAGUUAUCUACGUCAUGUAGGACAUUGAUGUGGUGAUAUGACGUACGUACAACGGUCAAUCAUCAGAUUCAACCACACAUGACUGCCAAUCGCCGGAAUUUCGGUCCAUUGCUGGCUGAAGUUUUCCUCAGGUCUUGAUUCUCGGAAACGCCGCGUACAAGAGCCAACAGUGCCCCCGCAUCGACAGGAAGUAGGUCCUUGGACGUGGUGGGGAUAUGGAUAGGGGGGGGGGUAAGGGGCGCUCCCCGAGGAGAAGGGAUUCGCACCAAUCACGUGGUGCCAUGAUUGCCGCUAUAUAGCUCUCCGCGUGAUUCGCAAGACCGUACGCUUACGUCCGAAAUCUUGGCUCUGUCGGGCAACUCGAGUUUUUCGGUUUUCGGUAAGUGUAUGGUACUCCUCGUGUAAAGCCAUCCGCAUGUGAGCAGGCUAACCACAUACGUGAGCUUGUGCUACAGCAGUAAUCCUUUUGGCCAUCGGCUUCGCUGCCCAACACCGGGAGACCAAUGGAAAGUUCGUUGUUCUAUUUUUGCAGUGGGACACAGGGCGUCUUCGUUAUUGUGUCGAAAGCCUGAUGAAGGAGGACACGGGAAGGGUGUGCGUGUGGAUGACAACGUCCAGGCCCGCGCACGGCAGUGAUUUGUGCUAAAGCGCCGGUGGGUGUGUGGCCUGUGGA